AUGGGUACGGCCUGCCACGAAAAUCACAAUGCCUCCCUCGGAUUUUCAAGGGCCGACAAGAGCGUACCGGACACCACAAGAGGGGUGGUGCUUUACGGAGGCGAGACCCCUAUCUCCGGACAACCCGAUUCCAGGGGUGGUAGCCGUCCUUACAAAGAAAAGAAAACUCUUCCCGGAACUCUUGCCGACGUCUCCGAGUUCGUUUGCGUUACCGCGCUUGGUGAUGCCAGUAACUCGCACUGGUUGGAUACAAGCACACAUGCACCACCUAUCUCCGUGGGCAGGGUCGGGAAUAUUAACCCGAUUCCCUUUCGCUCCGAGGGGCUGCCAGCACACACACACAUACACAAAUGCUUCAACACAGAAACGUAA